UGCGCGUCACAAGUGUUGUGACGUCAAAGUGUCUGCAGGUGUUGGAAGAGGCGCAGUGUUGGCGUUAGUGACGAUUAAAACGGCUUCUACGAUGGCUUCAGCUACAGAUAACCGUUAUGGACAGAAGGAGUCCUCUGACCAGAACUUUGAUUACAUGUUCAAAAUCCUGAUCAUUGGGAACAGCAGCGUUGGGAAAACCAGCUUUUUGUUUCGUUAUGCAGAUGACUCCUUCACGCCAGCGUUUGUAAGCACAGUGGGUAUCGACUUCAAGGUGAAAACCAUCUACAGGAAUGACAAGAGGAUAAAGCUGCAGAUCUGGGACACAGCAGGACAGGAGCGCUACAGAACCAUCACCACUGCCUACUACCGCGGUGCCAUGGGCUUUAUCCUCAUGUAUGACAUCACCAAUGAAGAGUCUUUCGCUGCGGUGCAGGACUGGUCCACACAGAUUAAGACAUACUCAUGGGAUAAUGCCCAGGUGCUUCUAGUGGGUAACAAGUGUGACAUGGAUGAUGAGAGGGUCGUGGCCUCUGAAAGGGGCCGGCAGCUCUCCGAGCAUCUUGGUUUUGGAUUUUUUGAGGCCAGUGCCAAGGACAACAUCAACGUUAAACAAACCUUUGAGCGACUGGUUGACAUAAUCUGUGAGAAGAUGUCGGAGAGCCUGGAUGCCGCUGAUCCCGCAGUGACAGGAGCCAAACAGGGGCCACAGCUAACGGAGCAGCCCACCGCUCCGCACCAGGACUGUGCUUGCUGAAACCCCCUCAGCUCCAUCUGCACUGCCUUGCAUUAACAUGAAAAAUAAAUUUAGGUAUUUAAAAAAAGAACAAGAAAUAUUAAACACUCAAUUUCCCUUACUGCCUCAACUAGCCACGCCCUCUAGCCCCUCCUCUACUUCACCCUUAGCCCCUCCCCCUCUCUGAACUCUUAAUGAUUUCUAAUUUUCGACAUCCCAUGCUUUGAAAUAACUUUUUCCAAUGUACAAUCCAUUGAAUUUUAAAAGGAAGCCAUAGCACCCUUCAAGGGUUUUUGAUUAAGCCUGAAAUUAUGAUUAAGCCCAUGUUAACUUUUAGAAACUUUAUGGCUAGGCCUAAGAUUACAUUUUAGCAGUGUAUGAUUAGGACCAAGUUUAGUUUCAUUUAGGCCAGGCCUAAGAAAACAUCAACACAUUUUUUUGUGUGUUUGAGCAUUUUUCAGUGUUCAAUGCAUUCAUUUCACUUCGUAUAUUAAGAUUUUUUCUGCUACUGUUGCUACCCUUAAAUUAUUUAUGAACAAAUUUAUAAAAAAAAUGGAAUGGAAAGACAUUUCUGUAUAGUUAUUCCAAAUGUGUACAUAAUAAAUACAGUGCAGUAUUUAAAUUAUACAGUUAGAGAUGCAUAUCUACAUUUUAUUUUGUAUUUUAUUUUGAAAAUGACCAAUUCAAAAAAUAUGAAGUUAGAGAAGUAAAUGAAUGCUGUUUUCAUGCUUAUUCUUAGCCGUGCUUGUCACAAACCAUUCUGGCUUAUUUGUAUCUGUGACAUAUUGUAUCUUGUUCACUGCCUUGCCUCAUAGAAUUUCAGUCCAAGAACUGAAACCCAGAUAUCAUACACAAACAUUCCUUAAUGUAAAUCUGCAUGUAAGGAAAUUAAGCCAUUUAGUCACAUAGUGUUAAGAUUCCUUUCUAACUGCUUGGUUAGGUCUAGACAAGUGUAUUUCUAAUCAAGAUCACAGUUUAAUUUGUGCCCAUGCUGUUGCUUUGGUCACUGUAGCAGCAGAAACAUACAUUUGAACUAUAGUUAAUACCAACACUACUCUUAUUAUAUGCUCUUUGCUAAGAAUUUGCCUAGCAUUUUCCAUUAAUAUUUUCUAGAUUGGUGUGUCCUGUGAAAGAUUUUGUCUGCCAUUAAUACCAGGCCUGCAACUAAAAUGCAAAAAUCAGCAUAAGUGCAAAAGAAAGCCCAUGAUGAGUAUUAACGUUUACAUGUGUAUGACCCUCUCAAAUUAUUCCUGCAUCUUUCAUUUGGUAUUCUGUCUUCCUUUAGUGAAAAUAUACUGUAAAUACAAAUGGGUCUUUGGUUUUAUGUGUGGAUUGUGUUGUAUACAUUCUGGGCUAAAAAUAUAUUACGAGAUAUAGACAGAAAAAAAAACAAAAAACAUAUAAUGUUUGUUCUUUACCUGCUGUUGUGUAUGCCUGCUUGUGAAUGAACGUGACACUUUAUUACAAAGCAAUACAGAAGAAAAUACCAUUUCAUGUGUUAUAGAUUACAUUGACAGAGUUAUGAAUAAAGCAUUUUAUGUAGGAUGUAAUGGAAAUGGGUUAGUAAGUGGUUUAAAUCUUGUUUAGGAAGUUCAAUGGUAAAUUAAAGGAGGUAGACUGACUUUUGCAUAUACUGUGGAGCAUACUGUUGUCCCCUACUGACAAUGGCUCUGGAUAUCAAGAGUGAGAAAGAUAUGCAUUUGAAUCUUUAUCAUCACAGGUCAUCCUGUAAGGUAGCCUCUCCACCAUCAGAUCAGUUUAUCAUGACUAAGAUCUAUGUAGUUUGUUCUUAAAAAAAACUUAUUUUGUGUGCACUGAUUCAUGCUUUCCAUUGUGAGUUUUUGUAUUUAUUUAAUUUUUUAUUUAAUAUUUUCUGAUAUUGGAGUGUAAUGUACAAGGAAAAAACACUAAUAUGCAGUAGUAAAUGUACUGCAUUUACAAUAAGGGGUUUGGUGUCAAAGUGUCCAGUGGUGAAAUUUACCAAAUCAACUGUCUAUGUUGUGAAAAUGACUGAACUUAUAAAACAAAAUAAAGGUUUGUG